GCUCGUCUAUCCGUUCAGUGGAAAAUGCCCAUGCCGAGGCACAGGUUCGGAAAUCCACCCUCUUCCAUACCCAUUCCAAGACACCUCUUUCCCGCUCACUCACACUGUCGCUUUCGCAUUGCCGACUGAAACAACAGAAACAGAAACGUUGUCAAAGUUUAAUAAUAAGCUGAACUUGUCUCUCGAAUGCGUUCUCUUUGCACUUCUUCGCUACAAUGGCUAGGAGCUGGCUUAUUGACAUUGGAGGAUUUGCAAAGAAAGUGAAAAGCAAUACUCAAUCUUCAGCUGAUCAAAUCAAGGAUUGUGGAGCAUAUCGUGAAUGUCCAAAGUGUAACUGUCAUAUUGAUAACAGUGAUGUUUCUGCUGAGUGGCCUGGGUUUCCUCUUGGUGUAAAGUUUGAUCCUUCUGACGUAGAACUCUUAGAACAUUUAGCAGAAAAAUGUGGCAUUGGGAGCACACAGCCACACAUGUUUAUCAAUGAGUUCAUCCCAACGCUGGAAGGAGACGAAGGUAUUUGCUACACACAUCCAGAAAAUCUUCCAGGUGCUAAAAAAGAUGGGCGUUAUGUCCAUUUUUUCCACAGGACAAUCAAUGCAUAUGCUACUGGUCAAAGAAAGCGUCGAAAGAUUAAUGAUCAUGGUUUGACUGAAGAGCAUGUGCGCUGGCAUAAGACUGGUAAGACAAAAGCUAUAAUAGAAGAUGGAGUACAUAAGGGCUUUAAGAAAAUCAUGGUUCUUUAUUUAAAAUCUAAGAAUGGGCCCAAGCCCUAUAAAUCCAAUUGGGUAAUGCAUCAGUACCAUCUGGGGACCGGAGAAGAUGAGAAGGAAGGUGCAUAUGUCGUUUCAAAAAUCUUUUAUCAACAGCGAAAUCAUACUGAGAAAAAUGAGGAGAAUCCAAUGACUGAAGAUCCUGACAAUAUGACAUUGCGAACAAGUCCAAGGACACCAAAACCAAACCCUCCCAAUCCGCCUCGUGUGGGAAAGUCUGUUGAUUGCGAUGAUAACAUUGAUGAAACUUUACUUCUGUCUUUUGCACAGGAUACCAAGACAAUCCCUGAAGAAUCACAUGCCCCACUAUCUGCUAUUCCGGAUGAAGACAAUACUGGCAACAUUGCAUGGUUAGCUGGUGAAUCACAGGCUGAGGAAAACACUGAUGAAUAUAAUGGCUUAGACGACAUAUUGUUGUGCAAGGAGAUCUUAGAUUCUUCUGUGUUGAAUGAUUCUGGAUUGGACUCCAUCAAUCUCAAUGACAAUGCAUGCUAUGAAAACGAAAUGGCUAGAAAUGACAAUGUAUCUUGCGGAAUUUCUGUCCUGGAUACACUGGAAUUAGAUACUCCAGAUUUUGAUAUUUCUAAUUGGAAUUUUGGUUCUCAAGACAGUAUCCUUGAGUGGAUCAAUAGGUUAUGAGGCGCUUUGUGAUCGAAGUUCUUUUUUGGUACCAAAUCCCGAAAUUGUUCCCUUUCAAUUGCAAUGGUUUUUCUUCUUCUGGGGCUGCAAAGAUGGUGCAUGAAGCUUAGGUUGUGUCACCUUGUGAUGCUUCAUGUUUGUAAGCGGAAAUAACACUGCCGUUGGUUUUUGAAAUCAUGCAACUCUUGUCAUAGCAUGAAGUUUAAGCCAUCUAGUUAGAGCUGGAGUUUUGGCCUUCUUCAUGUUUGGGUUAUUUGUGAUUGUUUAUCCUAUGCCCAAUUUGAACUUUUGCCUUGACUCGUUAUGCCAGCCAUGGAAGUCAUGAAUGCAUCUUUGGCAGUAAAAUCCCAACUAGUGUAGCCGAUUCUGAACUAUAUGUACUAGAUAUCAAGAUAUGUAAGUGGUUCUAUGUGAAUAUUGACAACUUAUAACGAACGUGAACAUUUAUUCCCUAGCAUAAUUUGAACAACUAUUCUCU